CACGGACCUAACAAUUAAUGCAAUUUGCGCCAACCCGAUACACAGUCUGGGUCCCUUCUUUGAUCACGCGGAGUCUGUACUCGCAAUCAAUGUGGGUCAACCUGUUACGAGUCUACAGCAGCACGGUGUCUGGCGACUAGCAACCACACAGUAUCAAUUACCUCGGUUCCCCGCACUGGAAACAUACUUGAUGUUUUGUCAAUGACAACUCCUUCCCUGAAAGUUGCUGUCUACCCUAAUUAUGCAUGAUAAGGUUCACAUACUGUCACUUCAUCUCCGCCAACUCACCGCAGCCACAAGAACAUGAUUUCCACCCCUCUAAUUCCUUGACACUCAUGAGUCCAGAUCACCUGUAUAGUGGGGUUAUGAAAUGGCCUAUAGAUCAUCGAGCGGGCAAAGGGUUUACUGAAUCCACGACACCGCCGAUCCCCGAGCGUCGCUGGACAUCGGAGAAUUUUAGACUUUUUUUCCUUCUUCCUUCGCGACCAUCAUACCAUCCGCAAUACAGGAACCGCGAUCGACACCACCACUACCAAAGCCGGAAGAUAUCGGAAAAAGGACGCGGCAACGGAAAAAGUCCCUGGGUUUACAGCCAACUCUCAACCCACGUUAUCAGGCAGAUCUCUACCCAACAAUCAAACCAACCUUGGUACGAUCUGUCCCAGGUCCUCGGACCCAGUCCGCUUCGAUCGCAGCAAACUCUAUUUCGCUUCGUGCCGAUAUUGCGUAUGACGUGUUUCCUUUGGCGGGAAGCCAUCCUCGUAAAGAGGGAAAUAUAGUAUAUUGUGGCUGGAGUUGUAAUCAACCACGGGGCCACUCUUAGACCUCGUCGCCGGUUAUGCAUGCCUGUCGAUCCUAUCGCCUCCUCGUGCAAUACCUUAUAAUUACCACUAUACUUCUUUAGGAAGUAUGUGCGUCGAGGCCCGGGCCCGCUAUUCUGCAGUCCUCAGCCUGGACCAUUCACUAAACCUACGGGGUGUUUAACAAUCCGUAGCGAAAUUAAG